AUGCGGAUCAUUGGCCCACUCCGGUUACAGUGGGAGCUUUUCGUUGAUCUCCAUCGUAUUUUCCAGGAUGCUCUUCCAUCUCGAUCCAAGCAGGCGCACAAAAGUCCUACAGUGCAGAAUGACGUGACACUCAUCCGCCAGACAAUCCGUUCCAUACCAUUUGUUCUUCCCAACAUUGACCUAAACUGCAAUCUCGAAGAGUCCAAAUACAAGCCUUCUCGGAAGCCUUACUCUCUGUUUGUGGACCAAAUACCCGAAACUCAGCGUCUUGAGGGGCAUGGUGAGGCGCUCACAAUCAUCGUCAGUAGGGAACACCAACAGUCUAACAGACUGGGCCGUAUCCGGCAUGGCUUCUGCACUACAUGUAGCCCGCAUCCUACGACAGUCAAUUCCAAAAGUAUCCAUCUCGCAUUCAACAGUGAAGCGAUAUGGGACGAUGAGCUAGUUGAGCCGUCGACAUGGCACGAUCAAGACUUGGCUUCCCUUCCAACACUGCAUGAUUUAUUGCUACCCGAAAGAAACGAUGACGAUGAUGAUUCGAGCUCCGAACUCGAUAUGGAGAAGUUCGUGGAGGAAGAUCAAAAAAUUGUCGAGUUUCUUAUUGCAUGCUCGUUGCUCAACGUGAAUGCCAGCGUGUGGUUAAGAUCCGACCUAAAUAUCAAGAAUAUCUUUGUUCUACCCACACCGGGUCUCGAUAGACGUUGGAAGCCACAUGUCGCAUGCUCCCUCGAACCAGUAGAUCCCAAGGAUGAAGACUACGAUGUUAUUCUUUCCUUUGGUCUCCUUCUCAUGGAGAUCGAAGCGAAGCGUUUUGCACGCCCGAAAGCUGUGGACAAGGAUUGGGAAACGGACCUCUAUUCAAAAGACAGUAUGCUAAAAAGAAUUUUGCAAGAAUGGAGUCGGGAAGUUGGUGAUGGAUAUAUACAAGUUGCCACUGCAUGUCUGCGAUUUAGAGAGUUAUCUGCCAGGUUCUACGAUCCAACAUUGACCCAAAACAUGAAAGAGACUGCGGCUAUAUACAGAAGUUUUCCAAGUCCUCUUCAGAGCUCCUCGGCUACGCAGUCGCGCCUCCGGAGACAAGCUACUUCAAGUUCUCGGUGGCAUCUAUUCGACGAUUUCAUAUUACAUGAUCAAAGAAGUAUCAAUAAUGCUUUGGAGUUCAUGGAUGAGAUUAGUCGGUUCAACAUAAUGAUUAAGCAAUCAACUAAUACUUCGGCGAUUCCUGCCUGGGCUCCCUGGCGGGCGAAGAAAAUACGAAUAGCAAUAAUUGACACUGGCGUUGACGACGAAGACGAUAACUUGAUUGAGGCUGCUCGACAAUCUGGGCGUGUCAAAGAUUGCUGCGGCUUUAUCAACGAUUCAAGUUCAAACCCAGACUAUGAUGACUAUAAAGACGUCAAUGGACACGGAACACAUGUUGCCAGACUCAUGUUAGAAGUGGCUCCAGCUGCGGAGAUUUUUAUUGCUAAGGUGUCUAAUGAGGCAACUAUUGAAAAAGCUGAUCUGGUUCGUAUAGCAAGGGCCAUCAGAUGGGCUCAUAAAGAUAUGCACGUGAACAUCAUCUCGAUGUCGUUUGGCCUCCAGUACGGCACACGAGACAGAGAAAUCGAUAGCGCUAUCCAAGCGGCGUAUAAAGAUAACAUCACCAUGUUUGCUGCUGCCGCAAACAGCGGUGGUAACAAGAACCGCGCGUAUCCAUCCGACAGGGGCAGUGGUGUGAUAUGCGUCCAUGCCAGUGACGGUCUGGGAAACGAUGGUGGAAUCAGCCCAUCGCCAAAGGUAAACGCUGAUAACUUCUCUACUUUGGGAAUCUCCAUACCAUCGAAGUGGAAAGGAGACGACGUCUUCAAGUCAGGCACGUCGUAUGCAACUCCAAUUGCAGCAGCUUUAGCUGCAAAUGUGCUUGAGUUUGCCAGACAUAGGUGUGAUCUGGACGAGUAUGAGCAGGAGCUUCUAUACGAGUUCGACGGCGUUUGCAAAGUUCUAAAACUCAUGGCUGAGGAACGGCAGGGUUAUAGUUAUAUUAUGCCUCAUCAUCUCUGGAACAAUGAAAACAGGGAAGAGGAUAUCCACUUUGACGAGAUGGCCUACAAAUAUUUGUAA